AUGAUCGAUUCCGAGUUCAAGAACAAGGUUAAGUCUGAUUUGGAAGUGUUUUUGAAAUCGAAGCAAUAUUAUCACCGUCUCGGCCGUGUCUGGAAACGAAGUUAUCUACUCUACGGCCCAUCGGGAACCGGAAAAUCAAGCUUUAUCGCUGGAAUGGCAAAGUUUCUGUGUUAUGACGUGUAUGACGUGGAUAUGUCGAAGAUCACCGGCGAUUCGGAUCUGAAACUGCUUUUGUUACAGACGACAAGCAAGUCUAUGAUUGUGGUAGAGGAUUUGGACCGGUAUCUGGUGGAGAAAUCAACGGCUGUGAGUUUAUCUGGAAUUUUAAAUUUCAUGGAUGGGAUCGUCUCAUGUUGUGGUGAAGAGCGCGUAAUGGUUUUCACGGUCAGCAGUAAAGAUCAGAUCGAUCCAACGGUUCUAAGGCCUGGGAGAAUAGACGUUCACAUACACUUCCCCUUAUGUGAUUUCUCUUCAUUCAAAAAUCUUGCCAAUAGUCAUUUAGGGAUUAAAGAACACAAGCUUUUCCCACAAGUUGAGGAAAUUUUCCAAACCGGGGCGAGCUUGAGUCCGGCUGAGAUCGGUGAGAUCAUGAUAUCGAACCGGGGGUCACCCACAAGAGCUCUUAAAACGGUUAUCAAUGCUUUACAAACAAACCAUGAUAGCAGAUUAAGUGGGAAAUUCAGACUAUCUCAUAAAUUAAGUCAAAACGGUUCAGUUACCGGGUCAGCCGGAGCUCAACGGAAUUUGAGCCAUAGCGGUUCUAUUGAUGGGUUAGUGGAUUUGCCUUCAAGAUUGGUUUCCACUGGUUCAACAAGAACCGCUGAGGAGUCGAGUGAAACGGGUAUAUUUUGUAUGGAAAAUGGUCAUACAGGAAAGGAACUUAAAAAAUUAUAUGGAUUAUUGAAAAAUAGGAGUCGUCGAAAAGAAUCGGUGGAUUUAGAUGGAGGAAAAUUGUAG